AUGUCUUUAAUAUAUGUUGUUACUGGUGCUUCUAGAGGGAUUGGUCUAGCAUUUGUGAAACAACUUGUGAAGAGAGAUGCCAUUGUCUUUGCUUGUGCAAGAAAUCCUGAAAGUUCAAUCGAGCUACAGGAUUUGAUCCAGGCAAAUAAACAACAGAUUUUUCCUAUUACUAUUGACAUUACACAUACAUCUUCUAUACAGGUAUUGGACCAAAAAGUCACCUCAAGUAUCGAUGUCUUGAUCAACAAUGCUGGUAUUGCCGGUACAAACGAGUACAACAUCGAGACAACUCCUCGAGAAGAAUACACUAAAGUGUUUAAUACUAAUGUUUUUGGCGUUUCUGAUGUCACAAAAGCCAUGAUCCCAUUACUGAAAUUACGAGAAACAAAAAAGAUCAUCAAUAUCUCUUCGGUACUUGGCUCUGUUUCUGCUAUGGAUGGAACGCGUGGGUCUGGACAAGGGCCUGUCUAUAGUAUAUCUAAGAGUGCACUUAACAUGAUGACCAGACUGACGGCAAAUCAUCUGCAACCUGAAGGCUUCAUCGUCUUUGCCAUUCAUCCUGGCUGGGUCAAGACAGACAUGGGAGGUAAUCAUGCUCCCGUUACACAAGAAGAAUCCGUACAUGGUAUUUUGCAUAAAGUGGGCACCUCAAUUGCAAAAGAUUGUGGCGGCUUCUUUGAAUAUACCGGAAAAGAACUUGAUUGGUGA